AUGUCACAAGCAAGUGUUGAUUUCGUCAUGAAUAGACAAAAACAUUUACCUCAUUAUCAACAAACUAUUCAAAAUGAUAUAUUAGCAUGGCUCGAUACAAUUCCUUUAUCUCGAGCAGCACAUAAUUUAGAAGUAGACUUUGCUGAUGGAAUAUUAAUUGCUGAAAUAGUUGCUUAUUUUUUUCCUGAAUAUGUUGAUUUAGAAAUGUUUCAUAUCGCUCGAAAUAUGUCACAACGUGCUAAAAAUUGGCGUUUAUUAAAUUCUGAUAUUUUACCUAAAAUAAGUUUACAUGCACCUGGUACUCUUGUAUAUGAUAUAACAAAUGGAGACCGGCGUGCUGUUGAAUUAUUUCUUCUUCAUUUACGUGAAAAAAUUGAAGAACAUUUAAUUCAUACAGGAAGAAAAUCACGUUUACAAUGGGAAACAUGGCGUUCAUUUAAUGUUGAACGUCAUCGUUUACCACAAUUAUUAGCAGGAUCGCGUGUACCACGACGAACUACUUUUGUACCUGGAUAUGGAUCUCGUUCACGAAAUGAAAGAAUAAUGAAUCCAUAUACAGUUGCUUUUGAUGAUGUUUUAAGAGUUAAAGAUGAAGAAAUUGAAGUUUUACGUGGAAAAUUAAAACGUUGUGAAAAAAUUAUUCGUGCAAAAGAUAAACGAAUACAAGAAUUAGAAGAAAAAAUUGAAAGAAUGAAACCAAAACGACCUUCACCAUAA